AUGGCGAAGCAGUUCAAGGUCCUGCUUCCUCCUUCCUUCCACAAGCUGCGCAUCACCGACGAGCUCGCCGGGUGCUUCGACACCGGCGAAGGCGAAGGGGCGCCAGAGCCGACGGCCCUCGUGGUCAGCCCGUUCGGCAAGGUGUGGCGCGUGGAGGUGGGCCGGGACGGCGACGGUGCGUUCCUGGGGCGCGGGUGGGCGGAGUUCUUGGCUGCACACGGCGUUGAGCUCGGUUGGUUCGUCGUGCUCCGGCACGAGGGCGGCGGCGCGCUUACCGUCAAGGUGUUCGACACCAGCUUGUGCAUUAAGGAGUUCAGCGCUGCUGCUGCAGUUAUGACAUCCAGAAGCAGCAAAGGUGUUAUCUGUAAGCCACAGUUCAUCAGGAUUUUUCAUCCGCAUCUCUCGGAAAAGAUGAUAUUGCCUGCUAGGUUUGUGAAAGAUUACAUCAGAGACGAGUGCCUAAACAGCCAGACGGCCAUCAUUCUCAGCCCCAUUGGCAAAUUUUGGCACAUUGAGCUUAAGAACGAUCAAUCAGGCAUCUUCUUCACAGGUGGCUGGUCACAGUUUCUGGAGUUCCAUGGAAUAUGUAAUGGUGACGUUUUGCUCUUUAGAUAUGAAGGGAACAUGGUUUUCAAAUUCAAAGCAUUUGGACUUAGUGGACGCCAGAAAGAUUUCAGGGACCAGAACGCUGGGAUUCAACCAAAUGCGGAAAAACGACAGGAAACACCACCUCCCAUCAGGAAACGUAAAAGCAAUGAUGAGAGGUCAAGCAGUGAAGAAAACAAGAGGCCAAAAAGUUCAGUGACUUACCCAUCACUGAAAGAACCCUAUCAGAUUGGGACAUCAUCUUGGAUAAGGAAAAAGAUCAACACCUAUGCGCUUGAGUCCCAUCUUUUGGAGAAGAUAAUCCAGCCGGCUUGGGGGAAGAAGCCAGGCUGGAGCAUCAGCCUCCCACCUUGGUCAGGCUCCAGAGACGUCCCGCAGCCUAGGAUGCCGAGCGAGUCGGCGCUGAACGUUGGCAGCACCAACGGGCACCUUGCCAUUGCGACGACGGGGGAUGAGCGUGCCAGGUGGUGGAGGCCAUGGCACCUGAGGCGCCGCUGCGGCAACUUGCAAGUGGCGGCCUUGAAGCCCAGGCGCGCCGCGGCUGCUCUGCCUCCGGAAGACGACGCUGCUUCCAGCGAAGAUGAGGGCUACGCCUCUGCAGAUGGCGGCGCCCCCCACCUUCACGCUGCUCUGCUCCAACACGAGGCUACCGCGCUCCUCAAUCUGCACGCCCAGGCGGUGGCUUUGCAGAACAUCCGCAACCUCGUGCCGCUCCUCCUCGAUGUCGCCUCGACCUUCUACGCUCGCUGGCGCGAGGCGUUUCUACUCGCCGUCGGCCGCUACUCUCUGGAGAGCCAUGUCCUCUCCGGCGUACAGCUGGCGUCCACCUCCUACUUCGACUACAGCCAGGGCAGCCAUGGCACUGCCGCCUCCCGUUCGCCUGGUACGUUGUCCAAGAAGUUCUGCAAUUUGAUUGGGUUCCGGAUUACUUGCACAAUCACCCUUAAGACAGAAAUAGACAGCACCAGAUCAUGGCAGGUGCGUGGUGCUGCAUACGAGGGCUCUUGCUAUAUUAUUGGAGAGGGCUGGAAGAGCUUCUGUCAGGAUAACAGGCUCAAGACAGGCGACCUGUGCACCUUUAACAUCAUCAAAACCACACUGUGGCAUGUCACUAUCACACACUCAACAUUACCAGAUACUUUUAAGCAAAAGAAGUCACCUUGUUCAUCCAGUAGGGACCACAAGGCCAACGAGGGUAGUUCAAGUAGUGAAGGAACAAAGAGGCCAAAAUCCUCCAUGACAUCUUUGAGCAAGUCUUUGGCACAGGCCUUCUGCAAUCAGAUUGGGUUGCAGGAACGCUGCACGAUCACGCUCAAGACCUCAGUCAACAGCAAAUCUUGGCAGGUUCGUGGUCAAAGCUGGCAAAAGGAUAGUAGUUGUGUUUUUCGGUUGGGAUGGAAAAAGUUCUGCAGGGAGAACAAUGUGAAGGUAGGUGACGUCUGCACCUUCAAUGUCAUCAAAACCACGCUGUGGCAUGUCGAUAUCACACGUCGCUAA